AUCAAAAUGUCAACGCUUAUCUGUUUUGCUGGUUGCAGCUGGUUUAGUUCACUUUGGCCAAUAAUAUACCCUCAAUCAAUGCUCAAACAUUAUCGCUCGCAGUUAGUUCAUCGUUUGGUUUUGCAGUGAAAUGUUCGAUCCCACGGAUCAUCAACACCGGCGUUACAAUCCACUGAACGGACAGUGGAUACUGGUGAGUCCACAUCGCAUGAAACGGCCCUGGUCCGGGCAAGAGGAACACCCUCAGUCUGAUGAUCUGCCCGAGUUCGACCCAACAAAUCCACUUUGUCCGGGGGUGACCCGUCCCAAUGGAGUCAAAAAUCCCAUUUACGAGUCGACGUUCGUGUUUACCAACGAUUUUCCGGCCCUGUUGGAGCAGGUGCCGGAACCACUGGCAAGCGAUGAUCCACUGUUCCAGAUAGCACCAGCACAGGGCACCUGCAGAGUUAUGUGUUUCCAUCCCAAGUCGAACAAAACACUUCCGCUGAUGACGCCGAAGGAGAUUCGCAAUAUCAUUGAUGCUUGGAUCGCGGAAUUUCGGACACUAGCGCAACGGUACUGUUGGGUGCAGAUUUUCGAAAACAAGGGCGCCACAAUGGGAUGUUCGAACCCACACCCGCACUGUCAGAUAUGGGCUUGCUCCUUCUUACCGAGUGAGCCGAAGAUUAAGGAUGAUAUGUUGCGGCAAUACUACACCAAGCAUGGAACACCUUUGCUAGAUGAUUACGUGAAGCAGGAAUUAGUUAAACGGGAGCGUAUCGUAAUCGAAAACCCGGACUGGCUCGUGGUGGUUCCGUUCUGGGCAGUAUGGCCAUACGAGACGAUGCUGAUUUCACGGAACCGUAACAAGCGUAUCUCCGAUCUAACAGUGUCGCAGAUCAACAAUCUAGCGAUCGUGAUCAAGGAGCUGACCAUCAAGUAUGACAAUCUCUUCAAAUGUUCGUUUCCGUACAGCAUGGGUUGGCAUGGUGCACCCACGGCAGAGCUGGCGAAUGGCGCUGCAAGUGACCAACACUGGACCCUACAUGCAAUUUACCUACCACCUUUGCUUCGUUCGGCCACGGUGCGAAAGUUUAUGGUGGGUUUCGAGUUGCUAUGUCAAUCGCAGCGUGACUUGACGGCUGAACAAGCUGCCGAUAGGCUUCGCGGACUAUCCGGCAAACGACAUUACAGCGAUCAGCUUUGAAUAGGGUACUGAUGAGUGAGCUAUCUAAUCGUGCCAUGGCCAUAUCAAUUCACUAUUGGGAUAGAUAGCUUAGAUAACGGCAUAGGCAGGGUUCUCGGUGAUUGUAUGUACAUUCCAGUGAAUAUAAAUAAAGUGCCUUUCAACGAUUUAUAUAUGUUAA